GUUAUGAGAGUAAUUUUGGCCUUCUCCCUCAGUCCCUCUACAGCUUGGUUUUGACUUUUGAGGGCUUUGGAAUGGCACUGUUCCAACCCUUUCUUCAAUCCCUCAAACCCUCGGCAAUUCCAACACUCUUUCUCUCAAAAACCCAAAUUUCCAUAAUAAUAACUCACAACACUUCUUCAGUAUCAGUUUCUGUUUCACCCACUAGCCGCUACCCAUCUCUUAAGAGGUCUUGCUCUGCCACAAACUCUACCUCUUCAAUGGAAUCAGACGCUUCUUCUUCAACUGGGGUUUUCAUCAAAGGACUGCCGGAAUCAACGACGGAGGGACGCUUGAAGAAGGCGUUUUCACAAUUUGGGGAAGUUGUUCAAGUUAAAAUUGUUGUAGAGAAAAAGUUUAAGCAGUCUUUAGGAUCUGCAUUUGUUUGGUUCACAAAAAAAGAUUCUGCCAAAUUGGCCAUCAAAGAAAUGAACGGCGAGGUUUAUCCUGGUUAAGAUUGCAGAGCCAGGGUUGUCAAAAAGUAAAGGGAGGGUAACACCCUACAAGUUCUAGUUCAGUUUCCUUAGUACUUUUGUUGCCGAAGAAGUAGAGAAGCAUAUGUGGAGUAGCUAAUGUAAAUAUAUGAGUCAUCUAAACUAAGAUCAGGUAAUACUUGAUGAAGUUUUGGGAUGCCAAUUCUAGUACGGUGGAACAGUAAAUGCAUUUUCAGCAUUUUUAGUUCCUUUUGAGGUUCUGUAAUUUUAUUUUAUUUUUCCUUUUGCCAUCUCUCUUUGCAUAAAGUGAUGGUUCCAUUGAAGGUAAGAUACUUGAAGAAAUCAUUAAUUUGAUGGCAACUUCAACUUCUGUAGCUUAGGCCAAGACCUUGAAAGCAUGGAAGAGGUAAAUUUUCUUUUGUUUGUUGGAGAUGUUAUUUUAUUCAUUUGUUACCGAGGAAUUGAGACUUGAUUUUUUUAA